AUGCGUUACUCCGUGGGGCCGUUGUCUGGCGAGAGCGUGACCGUGACGAAGAUUGGCUUCGGCGUCUCGACUGGCGUUGAGAUGCUGCUGGAAGACAAGCUCGAGAUCGUCGGUGUUGCAGUUGAUGUUGGCGAAGGAACCGAUGGGCCGGGAGUUGAUGUAGUUUUGACCGAUGAUGUUGAUGUAGGUGUUGGCGUAGGAGUAGACGAGACUGGUGUGGGUGUUGACGAUGACGACGACGACUUCAACACACUGCUCGAGCUGCAGCUAGAUGUCGACGCGGGCGCCGGCUGA